GAGAGGGAGGGAGAGAGGGGGGCAACGGGGAGCCCGGGCGGCGAGCCCGGGGCCGCCAUGGACUCGCGGGUGUCGGAGCUGUUCGGGGGCUGCUGCCGCCCGGCGGGCGCCGCGCUGCGAGGGCGCGGGGGGGGCGCCCCCGGCACCGGCACCGGGGGCAGCGGCGGCGGCUGCGGGGGGAGCGGCGGCGGCGGCGGCGGCUCCAAGGCGAAGAAGAAGAGCGGGCGGAGCCGGGGGGGGAAGGCCAACAACCCGCCCUACCUGCCGCCCGAGGCAGAAGAUGGGAACAUCGAGUACAAGCUGAAGCUGGUGAACCCCUCGCAGUACCGAUUUGAGCACCUGGUGACGCAGAUGAAGUGGCGGCUACAGGAAGGCCGCGGUGAGGCCGUCUAUCAGAUCGGUGUGGAGGACAACGGGCUGCUGGUGGGCCUCUCGGAGGAGGAGAUGCGCGCCUCGCUCAAGACGCUGCGCCGUAUGGCAGAGAAGGUUGGGGCUGACAUUACGGUGCUGCGGGAGAGGGAGGUGGAUUACGACAGCGACGUUCCAAGGAAGAUAACAGAGGUGCUCGUCCGAAAGGUGCCUGACAACCAGCAGUUCUUAGACCUGCGGGUGGCUGUGUUGGGGAAUGUGGACUCAGGGAAGUCAACCCUGUUGGGUGUCCUAACGCAAGGCGAACUGGACAACGGACGGGGCCGAGCACGCCUCAAUCUCUUCCGGCAUCUCCAUGAAAUCCAGUCAGGAAGAACAUCAAGCAUCAGUUUUGAAAUUCUUGGCUUCAACAGCAAAGGAGAGGUGGUAAAUUACAGUGACUCCCGAACAGCAGAAGAGAUCUGUGAGAGUUCCUCCAAGAUGAUCACGUUCAUCGACCUGGCUGGCCACCACAAGUACCUGAAAACAACCAUCUUCGGCCUCACCAGCUACUGUCCGGAUUUUGCCAUGCUGGUGGUUAGCGCCAACACCGGCAUUGCAGGCACAACGCGAGAGCACUUGGGCUUGGCCAUGGCCCUCAAGGUCCCCUUCUUCAUCGUCAUCAGCAAAGUUGACUUGUGUUCCAAAGCCACCGUGGAGCGGACAGUGAAGCAGCUGGAGCGAAUUCUGAAGCAGCCGGGCUGCAACAAGCUCCCCCUUCUCGUCACCUCAGACGAUGAUGCUGUUACAGCAGCCCAGCAGUUUGCACAGUCUCCCAACAUCACCCCAAUCUUCACACUGUCCAGUGUUUCUGGGGAGAACCUGGAUCUCUUGAAAGUCUUCCUCAACAUCCUUCCUCCACUGACCAACAGUAAAGAGCAGGAGGAACUAAUGCAACAACUCACUGAGUUUCAGGUGGAUGAAAUUUACACUGUGCCAGAGGUGGGGACUGUUGUGGGAGGAACUCUGUCGAGUGGGAUCUGCCGAGAAGGGGAGAGCCUGGUGGUUGGCCCCACGGACGACGGGAAGUUCCUCCGGCUGAAAGUGUGCAGCAUCCAACGCAACCGCUCGGCCUGCCGCGUGCUGCGGGCCGGCCAGGCAGCCACGCUGGCCCUCGGGCCUUUCGACCGCUCCCUGCUGCGCAAGGGCAUGGUCAUGGUGAGCCCCGAGAUGAACCCCACCAUCUGCUCGGUGUUUGAGGCCGAGAUUGUGCUGCUGUUCCAUGCCACAACUUUCCGGAAAGGCUUUCAGGUGACAGUGCACGUGGGGAACGUGCGGCAGACGGCUAUCGUAGAGAAGAUCCACGGAAAGGACAAGCUGCGGACGGGAGAGAAGGCCGUUGUCUGCUUCCGAUUCAUCAAGCAUCCGGAGUACCUGAAGAUCGGAGCCAAGCUGCUUUUCCGUGAAGGAGUCACCAAAGGCAUCGGGCACGUCACUGACCUCCAAGCCAUCACCACCAAAGAAAACGGCCUGGAGGAGUCCCUGGGGCCUGGGCAGCUCAACUUCUGACUACCACGAGGUCAGGGAGAUCUCCGCUCACCGACGGCCAGGGAGAAGGAUGGAAGCUCCCGUGGCUCUCUGAGUGGUGCCUGGAGCUGCUGCUGUCCGGUUCUGGCAGGGGUGGCCCUGCUCCACGCUGGGAGAUGGAGCCUCGGAGAGUUUCUCGCCUUCGGUGCCAUACGAGGGGCAAGCUGAGCACGUUCUCCGCAUUGCCUGCCGCUUUCAUUACCCUGCCCUCCCUCAGAAUAGAUCAGAGGCACCUGCAGACCUGGGCAGGCAAGUUCUGGCUUUGUUUACUGUUUGGAAAUUACUGGUUGGGAGGAGCAGAACCCUGGGAGACGAGCAGUGAAGGGAUGUUUUCCCACCUCGCAUACGGGAUCUGGCCCCACUCCAGCUCCUCGAGCUCUGGGUUAAUUAACGCAGCACUUCCUCGGGUCACCCCGCAGCACAUCCCUCCGGGCCGAGGGGAUGGAAGAGGCCCUGCUCGAACCUCUCGAAACGCAUUCAGGACCCUUUUUCACCGUUUUAACCUUGGUUGGCUUUUAAUCUGCGGUGUGUCCCUUUGUCUGUUGGUUUUGCAUCACUCCAAGCCGAGUGCCUGACUGUUGGGCGGGCGCCCUGUCCCGUCCUGUCCCCGUGCACUCCAUCAGCAUCCCACUUUCGGACUCGGAGGAAGCUGUGGGUGGUGCAGGACUUUUGCACUCAGGGUCUGCUCCUCGCAGCAGCAGAGCAGGAGGCUGUGCGGUGGUGCAGAGCGGGGCCCGGGCCCUGUGCUGGCACGGGCAGGUUGUUUUUGUGGCCGUUCGGUGCCGUCAGCGCAUUGGCCACAGCGGUUUGCAGCUCGCUGCUCCUCACAUGCUUGCCUUAAUGUGUGGGGGCAGGCAGCCUCGCUAACACCAAGGUGACUUCUGUGUGGCUGUGAUUUGAUAGCGACGGGAAUUGCUUUCUUUUUCUCCUCAAGAAAGACUUUUUUUUUUUUUUCCCUUGCCACUGGGGCGUGCUGCGAGAGGAAAGCUGGUGCUGCCAGCGAGGACUCUGGGCACGAAAAGUGGGGCACUUCUGGUUUUCACUCGCUGUCACGCAGCUCCUCCGGGCCCCUCUGAGCCUGGAGGGUGCAGCAGGGGCUGCCGAGCUGUACAUAAGCUUCUGGUUUUGCUGCUGACUGUUAAAUCGUGGGGGUCAGCCACGAGCACCAGCCCUUCAGCACGUCCAUUUGGUGCUAGAAAGCUGCCCUGCACGGGGGGUGACGCCAGCUGGUGGCAGCCGUGUCCCCCAGCACCGAGAUAUCACUGUACAGAAUAAAAAUGUUUUAUUGAGG